UCUUAAUUAAUAUCUCUCUGCCUUUUUAAAAUAACCAUUAAUUAAAUCUCUUUAUAUCUUGUUUUUUUUUUCCUGUAUGGGGAUACUUGUAAGUAAUACUGCUUCAUCAUGGAUGAGGGAAUUUAUAUUUAGUUUGAUUUGGAAGAGAUAUUUCUGCUUAAUUGAGUCUGAUAUGCGAUAGAGACAAUUAUGAGAAAGCUGCAUGAGAGAUGCAGAUUAAUAGAUAAUACAGAAAAUAGUGUGGUUUAUAAAUUACUCAAAAUGGAGAAUAUCAACUGGUAAUGUAUGUAAUUUAUGUUAUUAAAUUUAACAAUACUGCUAAAUAGGAAAGUUGAAGUGUAAGCAAGCCAAAGGUGACAGUGGCAAGGAAAUGGAGGAAAAAAUAAAAAAUAAUAAAAACCUUGGGAGAACCCAGAUUCAGCCGGGGACCAGACGAAUCAACAUGUGUGAUUUAAUCACAAGUCAAACUGUGGAUCUUUCUGAAUUUCUUUCUGAAUAUUUCUCCCAGCUCCUUCUGCUCGAAGUAAACUUAUCCCAAGAAAUGGAUCGCCAUCGCAAUCUGUCUGGAUCCGGUGAUGACAGCGAUGCUUCAGAUAAGAGUAUUGAUCGUCCUCCUUACUUUAACUGUGCUGGGAGUAAACCAGAGGAGAUAAUACAGUGGAAACUUCAAACUGUUGAUACAUUCAAAAGAUCCUCUGAGGAACUAAAGUCAGAAUAUGAUAAAAAUCAUCCCAUACUCAGUGAUCAAAUAAAGAAGCUGAAUGACUUCACUGAUGAGAUUGAAUCUGUGCACAAGAGCACUACAGUGGGCAGUUUGGUUGGAGCAUCAGUUGGAGCAUUUGGAGGAAUGACAGCACUAGUGGGUCUGGCUUUAUCUCCAUUCACAUUAGGAGCUUCUUUGUCUCUCACUGUUGUUGGAGCUGUUGCUGGAGUAACUGGAGGAGUAACAAGUGCAGCAUCAAACUUCACUAACAUGCUCAAGCAAAGAAACCUACGUCCGACUGUUGAGAAGAUCAUCUGUGAUUUCCUGGAGACAAUCAAACCAAUGACUGAGCGUCUGAGUAUAAUUUCUUACAUCACUGAAGAUAUUCAACAGAACAAUGAGAUAUUGAAUAAGCUGAAGUUUCAGACACCAGUAAGAGGUUUUGAUGAUGUAUUAAAGAUAGUGAAAGUAGCUGAUGUGGCUCUAGUUGGAAAAUAUUGUGCAGAGGCUGCCAAAGACAUCCGUGUGUAUGUUAAGGCUGUCAGUGCUGCACGUGGAGCUGCAGGAGCUGCCAAAGCUAUGCGUGCUACUGCCGAAGCUGCUAAAGAAAUCCGUAUAGCAGCAGCAACCACUGGUGUACUAUCAGUUCUGUUUCUUGCUCUUGAUGUUGCUUCUAUUGUUCAAGAUUCAAAAGAGAUCGCUGAAAUGAAUCAACCAGCAAAAGAGAGAAAAGCAGAAGAAAUCAAAUCAGAAACUCUGAAGUUUAUUCAUUACACGAGACAAACAGCUUCUCAAUUUCAGGAGACUCUAGAUAAAAUUAAACAUGUCAUAAACACUUCAAACAAAAUGUUGCGAAACAACACACCACCCAGACCCAGAGAUCAAUGAUCACACAGUUAUUAAAAAAGAAAGGAAAAAUGAUUUUUUUUUUUUUUUUCAGGAGUCUUGUUCUUUUGUUUCUAAUUUGGUUUUCCAAGUUAUGUGGAAUUUUGAGCGGAAAAACUAAAUGUUAACCAAAAUAAAAUUCAAAAUGAAAAAAAAGACAAGAAACUAUAAAUGUGUAAAUAAAUAUGAUAUAUAAAUAUUGUACAUACGGUCACAAAUGAAGCAGUAUACGAUAGUUUAUCAGAUAUUUGGGGACAUUUUAAAAUAUAUUCAAACAGAAAAAAAAUAUUUUAAAUAGUACAAUAUUACUGUUUUUUUUGACUGCUAGUGUAAAUAUGAAAAUGAAAUAUGAACUGUUUCUGUUCGAUAUACGUUUACUCCUGAAACACAUUAUCUGACUGAUAUCACUGAUUGAUUCUUCAUUUGACAUAUUCUUAAAUGUAUUAUUUUGAAGUAUUAUUUGCUGCCAAUUGAUUGGUGUAUCCAUUUUCUAUUUAAUUGUUUGUAAUUAUUUUAUGAUGUAUUAUUUAGAGCAAUUUAUCUGUUAAAAUAGAAAUGCUGAUUGUUUUUGUGCCAAAUAAAUGUACAGUGAGCUAAACAUCAGUGGGAGAAAACUAAACGCAUUAAUAAUGGAUGCUGCAUUAUUUUCUAUUAAAAAUAAUGUUAAUAAUGA